AACCCAAUCACAUCACAUUCAUAAACAAAAACAAAACUCCAAUUAUGUCAUACUUCACAUCAAACUCUUCUUUUCUCUUCCUUCUUUUUUCUCUCUCCCUUUUCUUUCUCUCCACCAAUUCAAAAACUCUUCAUUUACAUUCCUUACAUGUUCCAGAUGGUGUUGAGGUUGAUGGUGAGAGAAACCACGACGAAGUGUUACCAUGGAAAACGAGAAGAUCUAUGGCGGAAGAUGUUGUUUUGCCAAACACGUCUUUAAUAUUGGCUCAAGAACAGACAACAAGAAAGGACCCUCUUGAUCAUUACAACAUUUACAAUGGUGGUUGGAAUAUCAGCAAUCAACAUUACAUAGCCUCUGUAGUUUUUACUGCAGUUCCAUUAUUUAUUGUUGCUGCAAUAUGGUUUGUGAUUUUUGGGCUUACUUUGUGCUUCAUAUGUUUAUGUUACUGCUGUUGUCGUAGAGAGCCUCGUGGAUAUUCACGUUUGGCCUAUAGUUUGUCGUUGAUCUUCCUCAUUCUCUUCACCUCUGCAGCAAUAGCUGGAUGCAUUGUACUUUACAAUGCUCAAGGGAAGUUUCAUGAAAGCACCUCAAAAACACUGAAAUAUGUUGUCAGUCAAGCUGACUUCACCGCCGAAAACCUCAGGAAUGUGUCAAAUUAUCUUGAUGCAGCCAAGAAUAUUGGAGUAGAUGCUAUAGUUUUGCCCGAUGAUGUUCAAAAGAACAUAGAUACCAUAAAAAUCAAGAUUAAGUCUUCUGCCGUCGAACUUUCCACCAAGGCUCAUGAAAAUGCGGAGCAUAUACAAGAUGGCUUAGAUGGAAUGAGAUUAGCUCUGGUUAUUAUUGCUGCUGUCAUGCUCUUUGUUUCUUUUCUUGGAUUCUUAUUUUUGAUAUUUGGGCUACAAGGUCUUGUAUACUUUUUGAUAUUUUUCGGAUGGUUUCUUGUCGCGGGCACAUUUAUACUUUGUGGUGUAUUUCUUUUUCUUCACAAUGUCGUUGCAGAUACUUGUGUUGCCAUGGAUGAGUGGGUUCAGAACCCUACUGCACAUACAGCCUUAGAUGAAAUUCUUCCAUGUGUGGAUACUGCAACUGCCCAACAAACCGUUAUACAAAGCAGGGAUGUGACGAGACAACUAGUUAUGUUGGUUGAUAAAGUCAUUACCGAUGUUGCAAAUAAAAAUGUUCCGGCUCAAGCUGGACAACCUGUGUAUUACAAUCAAUCAGGCCCCCUCAUGCCUGUUCUUUGUAAUCCGUAUAACCCCGACCUCACAAUUCGGACAUGUGGUUCAGGGGAGGUUGCACUAGACAAUGCUACUGAGGUUUGGAAGAGUUAUACAUGUGAGUUGUCUCCGGCAGGAUUUUGUAAGACGCCUGGUCGGAUGACCCCGGCUAUUGCUUCACAAAUGGAAGCUGCAGUGAAUGUAAGCUAUGCCUUAUAUCAUUAUGUUCCUUUCUUGGUUGAGCUACAAGACUGCACUUUUGUUCGAGAAACAUUCACAGAUGUAAGCAACAAAUAUUGUCCCGGUCUGCGCAAUAACAGUCGAUCGAUUUAUGACGGAUUAGUCGUAGCAUCUGUUGGUGUCAUGUUGUCUUUGAUCCUUUGGAUCAUUUAUGCAAGAGAGCGGCGACAUCGUGUUUACGCUAAAAUAAUUCAUUGUUGAAUAAAUAUGUAUAUGUUGAGACUUAAAACAUACAGUAUGAUUCUCUUGUAUACACUUGA